GUUGUGUUCAGCGGUAUCCCGGUGAUCGAGGCGAAAGCUGAGACCUCGGCCAGGGCAGCAGCACGCCAGACACCGCUUGGGCUGAGCCGCAGGUCAGAGAACAAAAGGACUCACCCCCCCAGGCUGCAGAGGAAGGAGAAGAAACCGGCGGCGGAGAGGACGCGUCCACAGGGCUCUGCUUGAAGAUACUUUCUGGAGAGAGAGAGAGAGGGAGAGUUGGAGAGAGAGAGAGGGAGGGAGAGUUGGAGUGAGAGAGAGAGAGAGAGAGAGAGAGGGAGGGCCGGCCCGGGGGCCAUCGGGGGAAGAGGGAGAGGGAGAGAAGCUGAGCUAGCGGAGCACAUGGUGUGACCCAAAAUGCCCACCAACUUCACGGUGGUGCCCGUACGGGACGGCAGGAGGAAGACGAGGAAGGUGGGGAGCGUGGAGGAGGAGGAGGAAGAGGAGGAUGUGGACGACAACAACGUACUGAGGGAGGCUGAUGAGUACGCCCCAGGAGACGGUCUACGAAAGGAAAGCAGUCCUUUCAUCAACAACACGGACAACGAUAAGGCCAUCAGCUAUGAUGGCAAGAACAUGGCCCUCUUUGAGGAGGAGAUGGACAGCAACCCCAUGGUGUCCUCCCUCCUCAACAAGCUGGCCAACUACACCAACCUCACCCAGGGGGCUCAGGAGCACGAGGAGGCUGACGAAGAGGAGGCUGGGCCCAAAAAGAAAGCCGUCAAGAGCCCUCAGAUGGGGACCUUCAUGGGCGUGUACCUGCCCUGCCUGCAGAACAUCCUCGGGGUCAUCCUCUUCCUGCGUCUCACCUGGAUCGUGGGCACCGCGGGGAUCGUGGAGUCCCUGGCCAUCGUGGUGAUGUGCUGCUCCUGUACAAUGCUGACCGCCAUCUCUAUGAGUGCAAUCGCGACCAAUGGGGUUGUGCCAGCUGGAGGUUCCUACUACAUGAUUUCAAGAUCUCUGGGGCCUGAGUUUGGUGGAGCGGUGGGCCUCUGCUUCUAUCUGGGCACCACCUUCGCUGGCUCCAUGUACAUUCUGGGCACCAUAGAGAUCCUAUUGACCUACAUCGUGCCGCAGGCGGCCAUCUUCGUGGCGGAGAAGAAGGAGGAUGAGCCGGCCGCCCUGCUGAACAACAUGCGCGUGUAUGGCACCUGCUGCCUGACGCUGAUGUCCCUGGUGGUGUUCGUGGGGGUCAAGUACGUGAACAAGCUGGCGCUGGUCUUCCUGGCCUGCGUCGUCCUCUCCAUCCUGGCCAUUUACGCCGGGGUCAUCAAGACCGCCUUCGACCCUCCAGACUUCCCUGUGUGUCUGCUGGGAAACCGAACGCUCCAGAACCUGAACUUUGACAAGUGUCUGAAGACGGAGGAGGUGGGCAACCAGACAGUCGGCACGGCGCUGUGGGCGCUCUUCUGUGGAGGCUCUAGGGCGCUCAACGCCUCCUGCAACGAGUACUUUGUCCUUAACAACGUCACAAUGAUACAGGGCAUCCCCGGGCUCACCAGCGGUGUCAUCUCAGACAACAUGUGGUCGGACUACGGGCCGCUGGGCAUGCUGGUGGAGAAGCCGAGACAGCCAGCGGUGCUGGCGGCGGACACCUCCCAGGACGUGUACCUGCCCUACGUGGUCAACGACAUCGCCUCCUUCUUCACGCUGCUGGUGGGCAUCUACUUCCCCUCGGUCACUGGCAUCAUGGCCGGCUCCAACCGAUCGGGAGACCUGCGGGACGCCCAGAAGUCCAUCCCCAUCGGGACAAUCCUGGCCAUAGCAACCACCACAUUCAUUUACUUGACCUCCGUGGUGCUGUUUGGUGCCUGCAUUGAUACUGUGUUGCUCAGAGACAAGUUUGGCGACUCUGUAAAACGGAACCUUGUGAUUGGCACGCUGUCCUGGCCGUCACCGUGGGUGAUUGUGAUUGGCUCGUUCUUCUCCUGCUGUGGGGCGGGGCUUCAGAGCUUGACUGGGGCGCCACGCCUACUGCAAGCCAUCGCACGAGAUGGCAUUGUCCCUUUCCUGGCGGUGUUUGGCCAUGGGAAGGCUAACGGUGAGCCCACCUGGGCUCUGCUGCUGUCCGGUGGGAUCUGUGAGAUCGGCAUCCUCAUCGCCUCCCUGGACGCUGUAGCCCCCAUCCUCUCCAUGUUCUUCCUGAUGUGCUACCUCUUUGUCAACCUGGCCUGUGCCGUUCAGACGCUGCUCAGGACGCCCAACUGGAGGCCGCGCUUCAAGUACUACCACUGGGCGCUGUCGUUCCUGGGGAUGAGCCUGUGUCUCUCCCUCAUGUUCAUCUCGUCCUGGUACUACGCCAUCGUGGCCAUGGUGAUCGCCGGCCUCAUCUACAAGUACAUCGAAUACCGCGGGGCGGAGAAGGAAUGGGGCGAUGGGAUCCGUGGCCUCUCCCUGAACGCUGCCCGCUACGCUCUCAUUCGCCUAGAGGAGGCGCCCCCGCACACCAAGAACUGGAGGCCCCAGAUGCUGGUGCUGCUCAACGUGGACACGGACCUGGCGGUGAAGCACCCGCGCCUGCUGUCCCUCACCACCCAGCUGAAGGCCGGCAAGGGGCUCACCAUCGUGGGCAACGUGCUGGAGGGCACCUAUCUGACCAAGGACUCUGAGGCCAAGACGGCUGAGCAGAACAUCAAGUCCUCCAUGGCGGCGGAGCGCACCAAGGGCUUCUGCCACGUGGUGGUGUCGUCCAACCUGAGGGACGGAUUCUCCCACCUCAUCCAGUCGGCCGGCCUGGGGGGCAUGAAGCACAACACGGUGUUGAUGGCCUGGCCCGGCACCUGGAAGCAGUCCAAUGACCCCGCCUCCUGGAAGAACUUUAUAGAGACGGUGAGGGAGACCACGGCGACGCACCACGCGCUGCUGGUGGCCAAGAACGUGGACAGCUUCCCCGGCAACCUGGAGCGCCUGGGCGAGGGCACCAUCGACGUGUGGUGGGUGGUGCACGACGGAGGCAUGCUCAUGCUGCUGCCCUUCCUGCUGCGUCAGCACAAGGUGUGGCGGAAGUGCAAGAUGCGCAUCUUCACCGUGGCCCAGAUGGACGACAACUCCAUCCAGAUGAAGAAGGACCUGCAGAUGUUCCUGUACCACCUGCGGCUUGACGCCGAGGUGGAGGUGGUGGAGAUGCACGACAGCGACAUCUCGGCCUUCACCUACGAGAAGACCCUGGUCAUGGAGCAGAGGUCCCAGAUGCUGAAGCAGAUGCAGCUGUCCCGGAACGAGAGGGAGAGAGAGAUUCAGAGUAUCACUGACGGGUCUCGUAGCUCCAUCCGGCGGAAGAACCAGAGCCCGCCGGCUCAGAGCCCCACCGAGCCGAGCCCCCCCCAGGUGGAGGAAGACGAGGCCCAGCUGAUCCACGACAGGAACACGGCGUCCCACGCCGCCCUCAGUGACGCGGCGGCGGGCGUGCACAUGACCUGGACCAAGGAGAAGCUCUUCACCGAGCGCCACCGGGGCCGCGAGGCCAACGCCAACGUGGCCGUCCGGGACCUGUUCAACAUGAAGCCAGAGUGGGAGAAUCUGAACCAGUCCAACGUGCGGCGGAUGCACACGGCGGUCAAGCUGAACGAGGUGGUGGUCAACAAGUCCCAGGGGGCCCACCUGGUGCUGCUCAACAUGCCCGGACCGCCCCGCAACCGAGGCGGCGACGAGAACUACAUGGAGUUCCUGGAGGUCCUGCUGGAGGGCCUGAACCGCGUGCUGCUGGUGCGCGGAGGCGGCCGCGAGGUCAUCACCAUCUACUCUUAAAGAACACCAGAACCGGCCCCCCGCCCCCUUACCCCCCCCCCCACCCCCCACCCCCACCCACACACUGGCCUCCGCCACGGGACACUGCGAAACCGCCACUUAUCGUUUGGUUCUCUUGUUCAGGGGAGGAGCCUCAUUCGGGUUUCUUGAAUCGGGGCGGGCUUUGUUGUGAGGGCACCGGUGAUUGGACAGAAGGUCUCAGGUGUCCUCGGACAGAAGGAAAUGUUUGGUACGGACGGGUGUGACCAUCAACUCACAGUUGGGCCAAGCAGGAGUGCGGUGGCGCUGUUUGUCCCCACCGGGUACCCAUAGCCCCGCCGACUGGAAGGAAAGAGCAUAGAGACACUUUAUACACAUUUCAUUUAACUUGGACAUUUUUACAUGUUAUAUUUUCUUGUUUCCCCCUCCGUUGUGUUGAUGUUGUGAGCUAUGUUGUCACCUUAGACAACGGUAAGCUGUUGGAUAGAGAUGAUAGGUAUUGUUAUUGGCAAAAUCUAAGCACAGCAAACGCAUGUCUGUACAAAUUACAUGUAACAAGUGGUAGAUCCUAGACUGAAAAUAUUCCAGUGGAUGAAAAUGUGUUUUCUACCUUCUCACCGUCUUACCACGCCGUGAAAGAAGGUCAGUGCAGGGGUCAGUGCAGGGAUACUAGGAUGGCGACCUGGUCAACGUGCGUGCCGAUGCGCCUUGCGGAACUGCCUUGGUGCAUUCAUACGCAGAUGCACAGGUGUUACCCAACAGGGGUGGCUGUAUGGGGUUCCUCUGCUGCAAUUCCCUGUUCUGUGUACAUCCCGCUGUGUCUUCAGCCACUCUUUCGCACGUUAACUUCUUCAGAAGUCCUCUUUUAUCACUGUCGACAUUAGGAUACAUCGUUGAAUGGAGGCUGCAUGCUUUUGUUUUUGAGUGCGUGUGUCUGUGUGCGUGUGCGUGCAUGUGUGUUUGCGUGUCUUCUUUCCUUGUUGCGCGGUGUGGCUGGCUUCCAGGCUGAGCAGUGAUGGGGACUGACUGGAAAGUGGACCUCGAACGUGCAAUCGUGUCCCCAGGAACAUAGCGAGAGUGUGUCACGGUUAGCCGUCAGGUCCCGUGGUGUCACUAGCAGACGGCCCUGUCCGUUGGCACGGUCACCAAAGCGGUUGGCCAGCCAUCCAACAGCACUACCGCCUCAAGGGGGUGGAAACAUAGCCAUAGUCCAGAGAGGAAACCCCCAGAGGGGCCAUACAGCGUCUUAUACAACGCCACCUUAUAUUUAUGGAUUAUGGAGUAGCCAGUUAGGAAUUUAUAUGAAGUUGUUUGAGCAGUAUAUGAUUACGUCAGUUUUCUUUUUUCUUUUUUUUUAUUGUUACCAUGCUUACCAAUGAGCUGUUAAACAGCUCGGGGGAUCAGUGGCUGAAGUCUGGCGCGCAAGGAGGACACCGAAAGGAACAUCAUCAUGUGUGGCGUCUUAUCUCUGAUGAAGGGAACGUGAGGUUCAACGUGCGUCGCUCAACCACUAGGGAUGGGCUGGGAAAAUCUAAAUAUCCCAAGUAACGCCGGCCUCAUCCCACUUUGGUUCCCCCUCUGAUCUUCCCGCUGUUGGUGGACCAUCGCUUGAGGAGCUUUGCUUGGUUACAUAUUGACUGAAAGUUGGGUGUCGUCUAGAGCAAAUGAAGUCCAUUGAUUCAGCCGCACGCACACGCAGGAAGAGCGGUGCUUAUGGAAUGUGUGUAGUGGGGAAAUUAUGUGCCAAAAAGGAAAACUGUGGAAGUAUAGUUAAUACAGUUGCUUAGUGUCUCCUCUCACCGUAAAGAGGAAACCUUAUGAAAACUAGUAGUCCUACACUAACUAGUCUAGUUAGCAAUGCACGACAAUUGUCUCAAUGCAUUUUAUUUUGCCCUGCCAAAUUUGUAUUAAUCAGAAUACAAAUAUUAGAAUAUAUUUUAAUUUCAGAAAAUGUCCAUACUUUGUUCAAUUAUUGAACAAAUAUGAAUUUGACCAUCCAUUACAUUUUAAAGGUUUUAGACGCCCACAUUAGUGAUGAGAUGAAUGUACCCCCUCUGGCAGGUACGCCUAUAUCUCCACAGUGUCUCCCCCUAGCUGUGCAGUAUUCAACAGAACAGAACAUAGUCUACAGCACCUCUGUUCUCUGCUCAUUUAGAAAGAAGGCCAUUGUUUUUGUUUCGAGUUCAUCAUUGUCUUUUGUGGUGUGUGACCAUGUUGUCAGCGCCUAGUCGCUCUGUUCAUGGCUCACAUUGUUACAUUUCAAUUAUCUGUUACGUUUAGAUGUGUCCAAUCACAAAGGAGCGUUGUCAAGGAAGAGGACUGGAUUGGGUAAUUGGGUGGGAGGUGGGGGGCUGGGGGCGGGGCAGCUGUAGUCGGUGUUGGCGUGCGUCGUCGUUCUUGAUGUUGUGGUGUAUGUGUGUGCGUGUGGGGGGUCAAUGACCUCCAGGAACACAUCACAUUAUCGGGGCCUGAGGCGGGCUCCCUGUGAUGGACCCCGGGGCUCGCUACCCAUUGUGGUUUCCCCGCCGUGUCCCUUACCAUGUCGUUGAAACCUUCUCGCUCCUCUUCUGUCUGUUCUUGUUUUGUAUUUUAGCCGCCAAAGAUGAAAUCUUUGAGUCUGUGUAAUAAAAUAAUAAAUGGUGCAUAGUUUUAAGGAAUUCAAGAUUUGAACUGUUGGAAACUGUUAAGAUAAAUUAAUAAAUGUGUUUUUCUUUUGUAGUAAAUACUAUUUUUGGUUACUGAAAUGGCUCCGGCGAUGAAUGCAAUAUCAGUCAACACCAGGAAUCGUAUCUGGGUAAUGAAUAGGAUCAGAUUCAUCAGGUGUGGCUCCCCAGCUGGACGGUGAAGUGGCACGAGUAUAAUCUACCUCAAGCUGUCAUGAGGCUCAGUCCAACACAUUUAAAACAUUUAUGUCAUGCACUAUUAACAGAUGCUUUAUGGGAGUCUAUACCCAACUCACUGAAAGGUGUGUGUGUGUGUGUGUGUGUCUGUCUGCGUGACUGCUGUUAGAUAGACAGGGCUCAGAGAACGCAAUAGGCCAAUUGUGGACGAACAUUUAGAAAACUAUAGUCCUUUACAUUUUAUUUGUGCCUCUUGGAGUAAUUAAAGUGCUGAAUAAUGA